GCAGAGCAUCAAACUCCGACAGCAGAACAGCAGGAGGAUGCAAGAACCCGAGUCCGUCAUGAGGCCCACUCGGAGGUCAGCGCCCCCAAAGAGAAAGCGGCGCCAGCGCACGGUGUACAGCAAAGAGCAGUUGGAGGAGCUCAAAGAAGCCUUCCUGAAGAACGAGUACCCGAGUUACCAGGACCGCCUGCGCCUGGCAGCCAGGCUCCACCUGGACGAGCACAGAGUGCAGGUGUGGUUCAAGAACCGCCGGGCCCAGCGCUCCCGUCUGGAGCGACGACAGACCCAGGGAGGAUACCAGCGGGCCGGCCAUGAGCCCACGGACCCCGGAGCCCCCCGGACUCCCGCCCCCGCCCCGGAAUCUGCUGCCGCAGCUGCGAGCCCCAGUUUCCCAGACAGCCCGGGAUUCUACAGCCGCCCUCCUCCCCCCAGCCCCGCGGGGGUGCUCCCAGCGCCGGAGCCUGGCAUCUCCAGCCACCACCCGGUCACGUGGGUCCCGGCACAGGGCGUCCACGUGUAUGGCCCGGCUGCUCCAACGCCGGCCCCGGCUCCGGCCCCGGGCUGGCCUCAGGACCCCGACGCCCCGAACUACUGCCCAGAUCCUCUUCCGGUUCUGCUUCCCGACUGUGUCCAGGAGCUCUUUUCCGAACCCUCCUCUCCCUUGAAUUCUGUGUCCCCUGUGGACGAGGAUGAUUUAGGCUCCCAGCGGUUCACGAAUUUAUAGGGUCGUGGUCAUCUGUCCCCGCAAAGUCCUGCAGACCCCGAGGGGCCAGAGAGGACCAGGGCGCUGUGAGCCUGCACGUGGCGCCCCCGCGUCCGGGAAGGUGUGAUGGCUUGGUCUUCACAGCUCCUUACUGUGUGCACCUCCCCUGAUCCAGCCUGGGAGGGGGCAUUUCUGUGUCACUGUGAGGCCACCGCGGGUCGCGAAACCUGAAGAUCCCUGCCCGGUUGUUUGGGGCGCACGUGGGAACUGCAGACAGUGGAAUCGCUACUGGCAGUUCCUGUGUGUUCCGGCUUCGUGGAUGCUGCAGGAGAACUUUCUGUGCAAGGGAAACCAACAUCAUUCGCCCAGCCCCCCGAAUGUUGAGGAUUUGAGACAUUUUCAUGUUUGCUGAUAUGCCCUCUUGCUGCUUCUUUGUAGUUUUAAUACUGAUACCUCCAAUGAUGCAGAAGUUAAGUAAGCUCUUCUCAGGUGUUAAUUGGACAUUAGGACUACUUGUAAAUUGUGCUCCCUGCCCCCUCCAUUUUUCUCAAUUUGUUUGAAUUUAUAUGUCUAUCUCUUUUGGUGGUUAAAGUGUUGCAAACAUUUUUCCCAUGUGUAUUUUCUAUAAGUAGAAUUUUCUUGAUUUUAAUGUUGUGUAUUUCAGUGCCUCUUGUUCUCUUUUGUGAUGAAUUCGUGUUUUUCUUUCAUUUACAUCAGUGGCACACCCCGAUGAUACGCUGAAAAAAAAUAGAAUAAAAAUUUUUAAAUAAA